AUGAGCAGUCAAUACGAGGAAGAUAUCUCUGACAGAACCGAGUGCAAAAGUAAAUCUCCAACUUUGCUCUCCUCGUACUGUAUAGACAGUAUAUUGGGCCGGAGAAGCCCGUGCAAAAUGAGGCUGAUAGGCACGCAAAGUUUGCCGACGCUGCCCGGCAGAGCGGAGCACGACAAGGCGAUUGAAGGCUCUCCUAAAGAUGGCUUGUCCUUUGACUCGGAGAUGCACCUGCCGCCUAAGCUUCGCCGGCUGUACGGGGGCAAAUACUUGGACACCGACAGGGGCUUUCACGAGCUCGGGGAGAAGGGAGAGCGCGACAGGCUGCUCGACCCGACCUGUGACAACCUGAAAAUCAUCCAGGCGCCGCAGGUGAGUAUCAGCCGCAGCAAGUCGUACCGGGAGCACGCCUCCCUCAGCCAGGGCGCGGGGGACAAGAGCCCCGAGCGGCCGGCCGAGGAGCUGGUGGAACUGGGGACGCUGAAGUUCGAAGAGGACGCGGUAAAGGAGGAGCUGUGCCGGGAGGGAGAGCUGUCUCCGAAGGCGGAAGAGGGACUUCACAACGAUGGGGAUGUUAAAGACGGAGAGGACAGCGUGUGCUUAUCCGCGGGCAGCGACUCCGAGGAGGGGAUGCUAAAGCGCAAACAGAGAAGAUACAGGACUACCUUCACCAGCUACCAGCUGGAAGAGCUCGAACGGGCUUUUCAGAAGACGCAUUACCCGGACGUCUUCACCAGAGAGGAGCUGGCGAUGCGGCUGGACCUGACCGAAGCGCGAGUGCAGGUGUGGUUCCAGAACCGGCGGGCCAAAUGGAGGAAGCGGGAGAAGGCGGGGGUGCAGACGCACCCCCCAGGCCUGCCGUUCCCGGGCCCCCUGGCGGCAGCACACCCUCUCAGCCACUACCUGGAGGGCGGGCCGUUCCCACCCCACCACCACCCCGCGCUGGAGUCGGCCUGGACUGCCGCCGCUGCCGCCGCCGCCGCCGCCGCCUUCCCGGGACUGCCUCCGCCCCCUUCCAGCUCCGCCCUGCCCCCCACCGGCACACCCCUCGGCCUCAGCACCUUCCUGGGCGCAGCCAUGUUCAGACACCCCGCCUUCAUCAGCCCCACCUUCGGCAGGCUCUUCUCCAGCAUGGGCCCCCUGUCCAGCGCUUCCUCGGCGGCGGCGCUCCUGCGCCAGCCGGCCCCCCCGGUGGAGGGUGCGGUGCCCCCCUCCCUGCCUGAACCGUCCUCCACUGCGGCCGACCGGCGCGCCUCCAGCAUCGCUGCGCUGCGGCUCAAAGCGAAAGAACACUCUGCACAGCUGACGCAGCUCAACGUGCUGCCCCCCCCCGGGACCGGCAAGGAGGUGUGCUGA